AUGCCCUACAAGUUCAGACGCAUGUGUCCUAUUUGUUAUAGACAGGAUUUGCUUUACUUAGCAGAUCAUUUACGUCAAGUGCAUAAGUUAUCGAGUGAGGAACGACAACCGCUAUUAAAGGCAGCGUUAUUUUCUCAUCAAUUGCCUCCCUCGUUUUCACCAAGAGUUCAUCCUCAAGGGCUGUAUACACAUCCAAUUUUACAAGGACUGCCACAAUAUCCUAUGAGCAUGAACCCACAAUUACAGCAACCCAGUGGGCAUCAAGGUACUAAACAGCAACCACGAAAAGUAGCCAAGAUCGAAGCAAGGCCGUGUUUACAGAUGACACCCUAUCCGGACUUUAAGUUUAAUCACAUGUUCUCGAUGCUGGUAGUAGGCCCGACUCAAUGCGGGAAAACAUAUUUUGUUGAACAGCUGCUAACAAAGAAUUGUAUCAAGUACCCUAGCAAGAAAUCUACACGUAUUUACUGGUUUUAUAACCAAUGGCAACGUUGCUAUGCAACUUUGCAAAGAACGCUGGGUGAUGAGAUAGAGUUUGCCCAAGGUUUACCAGACCUGAGCGAAGAUCUAAGAGAAAUCAAUCCAAAGUUUCACAAUGUGUUGGUGUUUGAUGACCUCAUGAGCCAGGCCACAGAUAGUCCACUACUUUCGCUGUUAUUUACUCAAGGGAGACAUCGCAAUGCG